UUGUUACAAACAAAGCCCAGUUUGACGACGGAUUUGCGUAUCGUUUAUUUCUUAAGGAUGAUGCAAUCCCAACGAAAAAGGGUCACGAUUGUGUGUUGGAACCACAGGCGGUGAGUAAAACUGCUUCAAAUAUCUCUGCCUCCUUGUUAGUGCGUCCGCCUCCCAUCGGAGACCCGGGUUCGAGCCCGGCUCGGAGCGAGUCGUUGCUGCUGCUGCUCUCGUUCAGUUUCAGCCUUCACAGCUGUCACAGCUUCCACAUGCUCUCAACGCAAAAGCUUACUGGCGCUCGUGAUUCUUUAGCUCCGCCCACACGUCACGCCUCCAGGCGCUCGUGUUUUUCCGGGAAAAAUCGGUACAGACUAUCUUUCUCUUAUGAAUAUAAUAAAACUAAAGACUUUUUGGAGUUAUGAAGGAUGCAGUACUACUCUAUAGGUACUCAAGAUUAACAGGAUAUUGAGUGAAAACGAGCAUUUCACCCCCCCUUUAAAUACAUAAUGUAAUAUGCCUAUAUUAUAACAAAUACCUGCAGAGGGCGCAAACGGCUUGGUGAUGUUUUAUGUGAUUAAACGACAUUUAAAUCAAUUUAAUUUUAAUAUCUGGCCACAUGCAAUUCCGAAACUUUUAUUUCGAAACCGUGAUGUACAAUAAAUCGCAUAUUUAGAAAUAUCUUGACGUAUUCUCCUGUGUUGGCAAAGGUUUAAAUAAUUUACGUUACAAAUCAAGUGAGUUUUCCCACAUGAACGUUAAGCAACCUGAACUCACCGCAUAUGCAGAGGAGUUUAGCCCCUUUCACAUAUACAGUAUUUACUGAUAAAUUACCAUUAAGAGAUCAUUGGUGAACAGGACCUUUUCAAAAAUCGUGGUAAAUUCAUUAUAACAAUCAUAUCGUUGGAAAUCUUUGACUAUUGCACCAAGCAGCUUUUUCAAUGUGUCGCGCUCGAGACCCAGAAUUCUUUUCCAAUUCAUCAGCUAAUGCUGGUCUUGUAUUCAUAAGAGCAAAAACUUCUGAUUGGCUAUUAAUGUUAGUGUAGUUGGGAGUGAAAGCUGUGUUCCUCACAUACAGUGGUAGGUGAACAUGAACUUGAAUGUGAUAUCAACAAGUGUUUUUAAAAUAGGAUUCAUUUUUUUUUUCCACAGCCAAACGCCGCAUGCUGUACAUCCGGCACUGUGCUGAAAAGCUUUAAGCCCUGCAAUUAACCAAUGUCUUUUUGCAGAUUCCUGCAAAUCUAACCAAGCUACUCUUUAUCUGUAGUGAAUUUACUGUUAAACCAAAAACUAAACAAUGAACAAUAUAACAAGGUUACUGAGAGAUGGACAACUGGACAACUCAAAGAAUCUGGACCUGGUCUAUCCUAAUACCCCGUCACAUUUCUGUGUUAACAUUGUCCUCCCAUUGUCUUGUUGCUUUUCUUGCUUCUCUGAGAAGCAAAAAAGAUUAAUUAGAAAAAUACAGAGCUUAGAAAAACCAAACACGUUCCAAGAGAUCAACAUACAUAAAAUUCUGAACUACAAAUCUCCAAAGCCUUAGUCCUUUUCGUUGCCUUCUGCUCUCUUUUACAAACUAUUUUUUUUCCAAUGGACCACAAACAUGGCCAAACCCUGCAGGCGACACAGUGGUCUGAUCAACUCAAAUGGGAAUGUGAAGGGUUAAGGUCUGUUCUAUAAACUCCCACUUAAGGAUCUCCUCUGGCAGCCUGUGGUGGGGCUUAAAAUCCUGAUUUGACAGAUCACAUUUUACUCACAGGCACCAAGAAAAUAGCCAACCACUGCCUGCACUGCGCUUCUGCUCUUUAACGUGGCAGAACACAUCCAAGAGUCUUGAGAUACAAUGGGAACGAGGUUGAGAAUGCUCAUAUCAGCAGUCAUAGUGGCAUCAUGUGUGCUCUCAGCAUCUGGUGCACACUAUCACACUCACAGGUAUCACAGACUGGAGGAUGUAGCACUUACUGAGGAAACCCAUGCAAGGGCACAGAGGAAUAAGAGGGCGACAGAUGACACCCCCGAUGACUCUACCCCAUUGGCUCCUGGAGGAGACCCUUUAGACCUUCCAACUUGUCUACUGUGUGUGUGUCUAACUGGAUCGGUCUACUGCGAGGAGGUCGACCCAGAGAUGACGGCAGUGCCAGCUCUGCCAAAGGAGACAAACUACCUCUACGCUCGGUACAACAAGAUAAAAAAGAUAUCAGCCAAAGAUUUCAAAGAUCUCGUUACUCUGAAGAGAAUCGACUUCACGGGAAAUAUCAUUUCUGAGAUUGAAGACGGUGCGUUUGCGAAGCUUACCAUGCUAGAGGAGCUCUCACUAGCCGAAAACCAGCUGGUGAAGCUACCAAUGCUACCGGCGAAAUUAGUCUCCUUCAACGCGAACCACAACAAACUGAGGACCAAAGGAAUCAAGUCAAAUGCUUUCAAGAAAUUAAGCAAGCUGACACAUCUGUAUCUUGCUCACAAUGAACUGGAGGCGGUUCCUCUCAUUCCAGAGACUGUCCGCACACUUCACCUACAGAACAAUAACAUUUCAAGCGUGACUGUGGACACCUUCUGCAAAAGUAACAACACCUACUACAUCCGCUCCAACAUGAACGAAAUCCGCAUGGAUGGAAAUCCAGUCAACCUCGGCCAGUACCCCAACAGUUUCACAUGCCUGCAUUCUCUGCCAAUUGGGCGAUACCAAUGAAAACAGAAUCAAAGGUACACUACAGUGAGAAGUCCUUGGAUAGCAAAUGAUGAUGACUAAAACCGAGAAGCAAAAGUCAUUCGGUCUCCUGGUGCUUGAGCAGAGACGACUGUAGAAGCUAAUAUCAUGAGAACCUGUAUUAUACAUCUAGUUAUGUAACAGCUGCCCAAACACUUAGAUUUCCUCUUGAUAUUGACGUUGUAGAUGAACCUGAACUGCAAGUCUUUGAAAGAAUAACUUCAUAUCCAUUGUAAAUAACCACUGGAGGCUACUGCUUUGAAAAAUGUGAGCUCAUGAAAAGCUGCAGUCAAGCUUUUAGUAUUCCUCAGAACUCUGUGAAUUUCUGACACCUCUAGUACUGUUAAAUGGUCUUUCUUUAGCUGAAAUUAAGAUGCCUGCUAAGUUAAUUAGAAGACGAGGAACUCUUGCCAAAUUCCAAGUCACUGAUCUUUCCCAGCUGGCUUUACUUUAAUAUUUUGAAUAUUAUUUAUAUGCUAAAUUUGUAAUUACUACCUAUAUGUGAAUUAAACAUGAAUAGAGUGUACAGUAAA